UACGCGUCAAAGCCUAUCGGCUUUGCUACUUCCUGUUUCUUGGUGUAAGAUGGAACUCUUACAACCAAAAGAACCGAUGCAAUUCUGAGCAACUGUUUAGAUUUCUAAUCGGGAUUUUUUAGGUUACCUUAAAAUUACGUGUCUUGUUUUUCUUGUGGAUCAGAACGGUGAGUGAGCGGCUGUCCACAACAGUAUUAUUUACUCAGAGCGGAUUGCAACCAUGAUGGCGUCGAGCUACAACGCUAAGGAAGAGGACGGCCAUCACUCAGGGCCCUCUAAUCAUGGUGGCGCUGGGGCAGUUAAAAGCAAGAAACCGGACAAUACUGCAUUUAAACAACAAAGACUACCUGCUUGGCAGCCCAUCUUGACAGCUGGAACUGUACUCCCCGCUUUCUUCGUCAUCGGUCUCAUCUUCAUCCCCAUUGGCAUCGGCCUGUAUGUUACGUCAAACAACAUCAAGGAGUUUGAGAUUGAUUACACCGGUGUGGACGUGUCAAGCCCAUGCUAUAACUGUGCAAAAAACUACAGCUGGGACAAUCCGGCACCUUGCUUUUGCUCUGUGAAUUUCACUUUGGAGCAGCCAUUUGAGAGCAACGUCUUUAUGUACUAUGGCUUAUCAAACUUCUAUCAGAAUCACAGACGCUAUGUGAAAUCCAGGGAUGACAGCCAACUGAAUGGGGAUCGUUCUGCUUUGACGAAUCCUAGCAAGGAAUGUGAGCCUUACCGUACCAGCGAAGGCCAGCCCAUUGCUCCUUGCGGGGCCAUAGCCAACAGCCUCUUCAAUGACUCUUUGGUUCUAUAUCAUAUUGAAUCCAAUGGCACCAGAAUUAGAAUCCCCCUGGUAAAGAAAGGCAUUGCUUGGUGGACAGACAAGCAUGUGAAGUUUAGGAAUCCUGGUGGGAAUCCUAAUCUUACCAAUGCUUUUCAAGGUACUAACAAGCCGGUGAACUGGAGAAAGCCAGUGUUUGAGUUGGACCCGGAUGACCGUGAUAACAACGGCUUCAUCAAUGAGGACUUCAUUGUGUGGAUGCGCACAGCCGCCUUACCCACUUUCCGCAAGCUCUACAGGAUCAUCCAGAAGAAGUCGAGCGCAACCCCAACGCUAGCUAGCGGCAGAUACACCUUGGACAUCACCUACAAUUACCCUGUCCUGAGCUUUGAAGGUCGCAAGCGAAUGAUCUUGAGCACCAUCUCCUGGAUGGGAGGGAAGAACCCAUUCCUGGGCAUCGCCUACAUCACCGUGGGCUCCAUUUGCUUCUCCCUGGGUGUGGUUCUGCUCAUCAUCCACCAUAAAUAUGACUCACGCAACAGUAGCGCAGAUAUUCAGAAUUAGAUCCCGCCUGCCGAGCGUCCAUUGUGGACUGCUUGACGGUUUUCGGCGCAAAUACACUGGUCAUCUGUAAACGUAUGUUUGUGCAAGAGCAGUCCCAUAUUGUCUGUAUCAAAAGCUGUGUUUGGAAAUAACAGAGUCUUGACUGCUUCAAGUUGGCUGCUGCGAAUGUCAUUUUGUGUUUUUAUUUUUUUAAAUGUGCUAUUUAUGUAUAUAUCAAAGUAUGUGUUGUAUCUUAGCACAGCUUUGCGAAUGGCUUAAUUAUUGAAGGGCAUGUCUAUUAUAUGUCAGCUUUUGUCCAUGUCAUGUAUGACAAAAUAUCCUGCUAAUGAAUGUACUAUUACAUUGUAUUGACCUCAUACCUCUAGGUUUAAGAUGUUGAAAAUGAGGAAAAAAAACUGUUCUCAUUUUCUAGGUUUGAGGUGUUCAAAAUGAGAAAAACCUUUUUCUGGUGCAUCAUCAAACUUGGUAAACAUUGUUAGUAAGAAGUAUGCCCUCAUCAUGACCAAUUACAAAUAAUCUCAGCUCGCUUUCCACUUUUCAUAAAUGUACAAAAACUGAAUCUGAUUAUUUAUGCAUGCAACAAACUUACACUCCAUUGUUAAAUGACUCGAGUUUUCUGUGUGGUUGAUAAAUGGUAAGGGUUGUUCUGUUAAAUUACAUUGCACAAUUAUAUCAGUGUUGACCAAAUGAUUUGCACUUAACCUUUAUUUUGUCCAAAGUUCGGCUUAGUUAGGCUCCAGCUCAUCCUGAAUAAGAUUAAAUGGUAAAAAAAAGAAUAGCGGUGCGACCUGACCUCACGCUCACACCUUUCAGAAUUUCCACCUGUUUUAGUACACUUUUGUUAAAAUGUGGAGUCUUUUGUGAAAUUGAAAUGAGUGGGCUUUUACAAGGUUAACAGAUUCCAAUUAAAGAAUUUGUCAAUGUCU